GGGUUGGUUAAACCCUCACUCCAACCCAACCACAAAACCAUGGGCAGUUUUCUUUUCUCUCUUUUUCAUCAACAAAACCAGUUGCUUCAAAACCCAAUGUAUCAGUACACUCUCUUAUAUUAUCUUUACUCUUCUCUUUCCCCGACAACACAAUCUAUCAUCAACUCCUAUGUAAUCCCAUACUAAACUGCUGUUUCACUUUCUGUCCUUCCUUCUCUCUCACAUCAUCUUCUUCCACCUUUUUUUUUCCUUUCUUCAACUAUUCGAUUAAGGGUAAGCGCAUUUCUUCCAAAGUUUGUAGCUUUUGCUUGUUUUGUUGAGUUUUCAAGAGCUGGGGUUUCUUGUUGAUGGAACCCAAUGGGCUAGGCGCGGGAAUGUUCUCUGGGUUGGUGGGAGUGGAGAACUCUUUGCCUCCGCAGCAACAGCAAAACCCUCACCAUUUGCAAAACCACCCCCAGAUGGUUCCCUAUGGCCCACACCACGACACCGAUCCACAUCAUCAGCAUCAUAAUCAAUCGAUCAAACAAGGGUACCCUCAAUAUUCUUCGGUCAAGACCAAACAACAGCAACAAAGUGCCCUCAGUGACGAUGAUGAUGACACCUCGGACCCCAAGAAGAAGGUGUCGCUGUGGCAGAGAAUGAAGUGGACUGACACCAUGGUGAGGCUUUUGAUAAUGGCGGUUUAUUACAUUGGUGAUGAGGGUGGCUCGGAAGGGACUGAUAAGAAGAAGUCCUCGGGUAUGCUGCAGAAGAAAGGGAAGUGGAAGUCGGUGUCGCGGGCCAUGAUGGAGAAAGGGUUCUAUGUUUCUCCUCAACAGUGUGAGGAUAAGUUCAAUGACUUGAACAAGAGGUAUAAGAGGGUGAAUGAUAUUCUCGGGAAGGGAACUGCUUGCAGGGUUGUGGAGAAUCAGAGUUUGUUGGAGACGAUGGAGUUGUCAUCAAAGAUGAAAGAGGAGGUUAAGAAGUUGCUCAAUUCCAAACAUUUGUUCUUCAGGGAAAUGUGUGCUUACCAUAAUAGUUGUGGUCAUGUGAAUAACAAUGCUCCACAGCAAGGAGAGACCGGGGGUGAGGUGUCUCAGUCUCAGGCUCAGGCUCAAGUGCAGCCUCAGCAGCAGCAACAGCCUCCGCAGCAGCAACAACAGCAACGUUGUUUUCAUUCAUCAGAGGUGGGGAAUUUGGGGGGUUUGAGGAUGUUGAAAAUGGGAAAUGGGGAAGAGAAUGAUGAUGAUUCGGAUGAGGAUGAUGAGUCUGAGGAUGAUUCGGAUGAGGAGGAAGAUGAUUCGGGAGAAGGUGGUUCAAGGGGUCAUGUGGGGCAUGGACAUGAAGAUAUGGAGGAUGAUAAUGAUGGAAGGUCAAUGAGGAAGAAGGCAAGGAAAGUGAGGGGAGUUGGUGUGUCAGCAGUGAUGAUGCAGCAACUGAAUGCUGAGGUGAGUGGUGUGUUCCAAGAUGGGGGUAGGAGUGCUUGGGAGAAGAAGCAAUGGAUGAGGAGCAGGAUACUGCAGUUGGAGGAGCAGCAAUUGAGCUAUCAGAGUCAAUCAUAUGAGUUGGAGAAACAAAGGUUGAAAUGGGCAAGGUUUAGCAGCAAGAAGGAGAGGGAAAUGGAGAGAGCCAAACUUGAAAAUGAACGAAGGAGGCUUGAGAAUGAUAGAAUGGUUUUGCUCAUUCGACAGAAGGAGCUUGAGCUGAUGAGUCUUCAACACCAACAACAGCAACAACAACAUUCUUCUACUUAGAUCUAGGGGUGAUGAUUUUUCUGAGGUUAGUUGUAUGAUAGAGGAAGCUAUGGCAUACAAAAGUUGUAGAUUAGGCCUGUAGGGGAAACUAGUUGUUCUCGUUUUGUGGUACUUGUGAAGUUAGUUCUUAUUAACGAAAAUCUAAAUACCCUUUUGUGGAUUUUUACA